AUUUGCCCUCCCGAGUCCUGACUCUAUCCGUGUCUAGUGUCUUCCGUCUCGAUCCCGCGGGUGGGACUCGCCGGCGACAAAAACGAAAAGCGACUUGCCCUCCGCGGCCUCCGGCCUUCCCACUCCACUCGCCCUCCUCUCCUAGCGUCGGUGAGCCGGUGCGCUGCAGUCCCCGCUCCCCUUCCGCGUCGCCGCGAUGGAGGUCUUCCGGGAGCACGGGGACGACGGAGUGCCCUAGGAUUCCAUCACGCCGCCAAGCAUCAGUCCCGCAGCCAGGGAUUUCUUCUCCGACCCCGACCUUCAUGUGAGUCGCGGCCUUCCUCCUCGAAGCGGAUCCGGCGGAUUGGAGGGGCCAACCAUAGCAGAUUCGAAAUUUUCUAGCUCAGCACCAUAAAAGGGCAGACCCAGUGUCGGAGGAUCUCACAUGAGUGGAUUCUGGGUAAGGGAUAAACCAAGGGAAAGUCUUUCCCCCACAAAUGCGGAGAGGCUGUUUUGAACCCGUGACCUGGUACUUCUUGCGGGUGUAAGCAUUUCGCUGCACUUGGAGACGCUUAUUUGGAGUAUUUGAAGGCUUUGGAGACUGCCCAGAUGAAGAGUAGAUUUCUUGUUCUCUGUGCCAUUGUCUGCGUCAUGGCUCAGAUGGGAGAUGCCAAUGUCGUGCUAUUGGGGAAUAAUCUGACCUUGUCCUUUGCUGAUAUUGAGGCAAGCUUUUCUCCAGGAGUGAAAGGAUCAGGAGUCAAUGGCAUAGUUUAUGCUUCUGAACCUUUGAAUGCCUGCAGCCCGUUAACAAUCAAGGCAGUCAAGGGCCCGCCAUCUCCCUUUGCAUUAAUUGUAAGAGGCGGAUGCACGUUUGAUGAGAAAGUGAAAAAUGCACAGGAUGCUGGAUUCAAAGCUGCAAUUGUGUAUGACAAUGAAAAUAGUGGGGUCCUGGUUUCAAUGGCUGGAAGCUCAAGUGGCAUACACAUAUACGCUGUUUUCGUUUCGAAGGCCUCAGGAGAGGUGUUGAAGAAAUCUUCAGGACAUACUGAUGUAGAGGUGUGGAUACUACCUACAUUCGACAACUCAGCCUGGUCGAUCAUGGCAAUCUCAUUCAUAUCGCUGCUUGCCAUGUCUGCUGUAUUAGCUACGUGUUUCUUUGUGAGAAGGCAUCGAAUAAGGAGAGACCACCCUAGAAUCCCAGAAGCUAGAGAGUUCCAUGGAAUGAGCAGUCAGUUAGUUAAGGCUAUGCCAAGUCUUAUUUUCACGAAAGUGCAAGAAGAUAACUGCACAUCAUCGAUGUGUGCCAUUUGUUUGGAAGACUACAGUGUCGGAGAAAAGCUCAGAGUGCUGCCUUGUCGUCACAAGUUCCAUGCAGCUUGUGUGGACUUGUGGCUAACUUCUUGGAGAACAUUCUGCCCUGUAUGCAAGCGAGACGCGACGAGUGGAGUAUCAGAACUUCCCGCCACAGAGGCUACCCCCUUGCUUUCUUCUGCUGUCCGGUUACCUUCUCAGCCAUCUUCAUUCAGGUCGAGCGUGGCAGCCUCCCCACCCAGGCCGAUAAGCCGGCAUCCUUCAUCGCACUCGGUUUCUCGUGCUUACUCUGUCUCUAGUACCCCCCACUCCCCCAACCCCUUCAGAUCUCACACAAACUUACCUGGGGUCAUCCAUGCAAGCAGAAGCACCACAGACCUUGCAAACAUGUCGUCUCCCCACCCUCGCAUCUCACACUUGUCGUCGUCGACACACUCCCUCGUCGGCAGCCACCUAUCUCCACCAAUCAGCAUAAGGUAUCCAUUGCCCCAUUCUCGGCAUGAAUCGCCCAGUCCACACGUCAGUUCGCCCUACAUCUCAAAUUCUGGCUACGGUUCUUCAAGCUACUACUACCUUGGCGGCUCGAGCCAGCACGGGUCGUACCUGCGGCGGUGUGGAGAGUCAGGGCCAAGCCUGUCUACCAUGGUCCCUCGGUCAUCGCAGCAGCAGUUCCAGUCAGAGGCAAACGUGGCCGCAGGCGCGUCGUCUGCCCAGUCCUCACGGCAGUCCUACCUGCGACGCUGUGGCGAUUCAGACGCCAGCUUGUCUGACAUGGCGUCAGCCCAGUCGUUGCCGGGGUGCUGAGGCAGAUGUGCACUACAAGAUGCGGCUUGACCUGUGCAUACAAUGAGGCUUGCAGCGUCACAUAGGUGGGGAACAUGUAUAGCAUAGACUUUAUGAUCCUGUUCUUGUCUGUGAGUGGUAUAUGGUUCUUUUUUUGUGCCUUUUAUUGUGUGCAUCUGACGUGACAGGAGCCUGUUGAAGUUGAUUCUGUUAACAUUUUAGUCCGCACCAUGCGUCCAUGCCAGUUUCUCCCUAGAUUUGCUACUCUACUACCAUGCACACAUUUGAACGAGGCAGUGCUCAGCUGCAUG